UGUCCCCGUUGGGGAACGCGCCGCACCCGCAGCUGGAGAUCCCUCCCUCCCUCCCACCCAGUCUCGGUCCCGGUCCCGGCUCACGAGCCCGCCGCCCCGCCCGCCGAAUCCGCCGCGCUCUCCCUCCCCGCCAGGGACGCGCCGGGGAAGGAAGGACCGUCCAGGCCUCCUCCCUCUCCGCCCACCGAACCCGCGACGCCCCCCCUCUCCACCGCGCAGGCGAUCCGCCCUGGCCGCCGAUCUCCUCGCUGGAAUGGCCAAUUUUACUAAAAACUUCCAGUCUUCAAGCAAACCAGAUGGUGAAAAGAAAUAUCAGGGUACAUUGGUUGCUUCUCCAGCAAAGGCCAUUUCACCAAAGACAAUAAAGCAUAUUGUGCCAAAACAAUUGAUCUUGAGCAGGGAGUCAACAGGUCAUGUGGCGUCGUUUUUGGUAAAGGUUAUUGCUCUUGAGGUAGUCAGGAGGAUAUCUAAAGCAAAAUGUCCUUUUGUAUGGAAUUCUAUUCAAGCACUGCAAGUUCUUGGAUAUCCUCCAUUUAGGUGGAUUCAAAGAUGGGCACCACUCAAAUUUGUCGUGCAAGGCAUUCAGAAAUUAUCCACUCCACUGCUGUUCCUAUCUGUCACAUCUGCAGUAGGUGAUCUUUCAUCUAAGAGCGAUGAAGCUGAUGAUGGACCUAGUAGCACUACAGGAGCUCCUGACCUUCCUGCUGAAUCAAAUGAAACAUCAUCGACUUCUGAUACAAGGGAGGCCGCUGAUGGGGAUGGUACAAAGGAUAUUGUUGUUUCUGAGAAUUGGCUGGUGCUGCUUUUCAAGGAACUUGAAAAACAAGGAAUCACUUUGCCUGAGAGGUUCAGUGAAGAUGAACUACGCAGAUUCCACAUGGCAGCAAAUGGUGACCUUUCAAUCUUGGUCUCUUCAGUUAAGAAGACAAUCCGUUGGAGGGAAACUUUUCACAUACUUACAUUGCAAGAACUUGAGAAAUGGUCCCAUUUGGUCUUUUGGCAUGGGUUUGACACUACGCUUCGGCCUUGCUUAGUAAUCCGUCUUGGACUCGCGUGCUCUAGUAUAGCCCCUCGUGAUAGACCUUGUUUUGGGCAGGCAGUAGUUUCUCAGAUUGACCAUGGUAUUAUACAUUUGACCAACGAAGAAGAUCCAAGAAUUACUGUUUUGCUGGAUUGCCACGGGAUUUCUCCAUUCAAAUUUCCGAUGCAAAUGAUGAGGUCAUUUGUCAACUUGGUUCAAGAAAACUACCCAAAUCGUCUUGGAGUAUUAAUUGUUGUCCGUCUUCCUCCAGUUGUCAGAGUUAUUGCACAGACUUUUAUUCAACUCCUGAAACCAUCCACAAAGCAGAAGCUGCGUUUCGAGGGAGAAUCGUACAAGAAGACGUUAGCCGAGUUCUUACAGAUUGUGCCAGCUUUUCUUGGUGGCAAAUGCAACUGCUCACGAUGCAAGAAGCCUCGCGACAGUUCACUAAUCCAGGCAGGGGAGGGGAGCAGGAGCAGGAGCCUUACCAGCGCCGGCUCCAGAUCACCAGUCUCGGACAUGGACUUGGACGAGGAACUGGAGGAGCUUCCAUCCCCUUACAACUGCGAGAACGCGAUAAGGGCUGCGGUGGUCGGCCUCCUGAUGGUGUGGAUCUUCGUCGCGUUUCUCGCUGGGAUGAACGAUCCCCAGUCCAUUCCUUAGCCUCCCGAGUCUGUCUCCCAACGGUUCAUUGCCUGCCAGUGCCAGUAGCGUAGCGUUACUGUAUGUUGUUUCUUUGAGGUUGACGGUAUGUUGUUUCUCGCACCAGUUCUUCCGAAUUUCCUCUGCAAGCCGGCGUAUAGUGUGGUGCUGUGCCGGCCGCAAGAUUUAUAUAGUAGAUAUGAAUAAAGUUGUGCGUGUAUUCAGCAUGGUUCACUCCAGUGUGAUAGGUCUACUAUCAUCACCCUUUUCGGCGGUUGUUGCUAGGUGUAGUUUGCCAAUGUAAUUUUGUACUUCAAGAGUAAAACAGAGGAUUGUAAAACCACUGGAUUUGUA